AUUUAAUUUGGAAACUAAAAAAUCCUAUCUUGGCGGCCACGCACAUUUAGGGAUGUCGGCGUCACCGCGUGUAUAAAACUGCCUUCUACUCUAGACUUGUAGGUCAUCGCUGGUUCUGUUUUUUUCUGGUACAAACUUAUCCUCGUUUUUUCCCGAACAAUUGAGAUUCACUCCGAAAUCUCAAUUUACAAAUCUGAACUCCCCUGAAUUAGUAAUCGUAUACCGUCAAAAUAAUAGACGGAGUAUAUAUUAAAUAUUCAUAAUCCCAUGAUGAUUUAUUCGUGUAUGAUUGAAGGGGGUUAUACAAUGGAUGGAAUUUGUGGCGUGAAACGGACGCGAGAGAAUCUUGAUCUUUCUUCCUCUGAGCCGAAGACCCACAAGUUGCAAAAGGUUUAUGCUUUGCGCGAUUUUCCGGAAAAUCCCGGUCUUCUUGUCAAAGAAGAUGAGUUCAGUGACUCUGAACAAUAUUCUGAUGGUCAUGAACAUUCUGCUGCAGAAGAAGGACUCUGGGGGGGAAACUGUGAUGAUGCUAGUUCUAGAGUUCCAGAGGGAUCAUAUGAUAAUCAUGAAAAAGAAGGACUUUGGGAUGAAUUUCAUGAUGAUGAUGAUGACUGUUUUAUUGCUCAAGUGGGAUCUAAUGAUAAUCAUUAUGAAUAUUCUCAUGUAAAAGAAAACGGAUCAUGGGUUGAAUGUGAUGAUGAUGUUGACUGUUCUAUUGCUAAAGUGGGAUCAUAUGAAUAUUCUGCCUUAAUCGAAAAAGGACUUUGGGAAAAGUGUGAUGAUGAUGAACUAUACUGUACUGGACAAGAAGCAGAAGUUGGAGAAGAUAUUGAUGCGCCGCUGUGUAAAUCUAUUAAUAAUAGAAGGGUACGGGCAAGGCGUGAUUAUCCAAAGGGCGUUUUUCCUGCAAAUCCCAGGAUUGUCAAAAAAGAAGAGGAGCUCAGGGACUUUGAACAAUAUUCUGAUGGUCAUGAAGAUUCUGCUGUAGGACUUUGGGAAGAGUCUGAUGAUGAUGAACAAUAUUGUACUGGACAAGAGGAAGAACUUGGAGAAGAUUUGGAGGAUUCGAUUUGUUCAUCUUUUAAUAAUGGAAAGGCCCGGGCAAGGCGCGAUUAUCCAAAGGGCGUUUUUCCUCGAAAUCCCGGUCGUCUUGUCAAAGAAGAUGAGUUCAGUGACUCUGAACCAUAUUCUGAUGGUCAUGAACAUUCUGCUGUAGAAGAGGAACUCUGGGGAAAAAACUAUGAUGAUGUCAGUUCUAGAGCUCCAGAGAGAUCUUAUGAUAAUCAUGAAAAAGGACAUGGAGAUGAUUUUGAUGAUGAUGAUGACUGUUUUAUUGCUGAAGUGGGAUCAUAUUUUCCUGUAAUAGAAAAAGGAUCUUGGCUUGAACUUGAUGAUGAUGAUGAUGUUGAGUGUUCUAUUGCUGAACAGGGAGCUUAUGAAUAUUCUGCCUUAAUAGAAAAAGGACUAUGGGAAGAGUGUGUUGAUGAUGAUGAACUAUACUGUACUGGACAAGAAGAAGAAGUUGAAGAAGAUUUGGACGCGCCAAUUUGUUCAUCUUUUAAUAAUGGAAGGGUACGGGCAAGGCGCGAUUAUCCAACGGGCGUUUUUCCUGAAAAUCCCGGUCUUGACAAAGAAGAUGAGUUCAGAGACUCUGAACAAUAUUGUGAUGGUCAUGAAGAUUCUGCUCUAGGACUGGUGGAAGAGUCUGAUGAUGAUGAACCAUAUUGUACUGGACAAGAAGAAGAGGAAGUUGGAGAAGAUUUGGAGGCGCCAAUUUGUUCAUCAUUUAAUAAUGGAAAGGUACUGGCAAGGCGAGAUUAUCCAAAGGGCGUUUUCCCCAGCAAUUAUAAUGUAGCGAAGGAGCCAAAGCCAAAGCAUUAUUUGGGGGAACAGAUUAGUUAAUACACUAUUAUAUGGCGUGUUCUUGAGCAGCAGAAGAACUGAAGAGAAGCAUCCAUGCACUCAACCAGACAACAAUCAUUUAAAUAUUUGGUGUUUAAACAAUGCAAAGUAUACAGUUUGAUUUGGCCGGUUUAUUCUUAAUAGCAAUUACAUUCAUGAUUCUUUCUAGGCUGACCACUUGAUUUUGGUCUUGUACUGAGAAAUUGAAAGUUUAUAAACAAUGGUAUAUAUAGAUUCAUAAUUUUUACCCUUCC